AUGUCAUCAUCGUCUUCUGCAAUCACUGAGACUCACAACAAUGCAUCUUCAAACUCCCGAAGUGGUGGAGAGAUACUAGAUCCGAUUUUACAAACCAUUAUUAUGGAAUUUUCUCCACUUGUUGAUGAAGAGGUGAUUAAAACGUUAUAUCAAGAGAAUGGAUGUGAUUUUGACCAAACGAUCAAUCAGCUUUAUUUCAUCAUUUCCGAUCCAACAUUCGACCAAACGUCGUCUGUCGGCUCAUCAUCGGCCGAUGCCUCCAAUAUUGCCAAUUUCGAAGGAAGUGAAGGCUAUCAAGAUUUUCCACUUCACUCUCCGAUUAAUAUCAACGAUCAAGAAAACAUUUCUCUUCUCUUUAACAUGUUCAAAGAUGUCAAGAAUGAAAGUGGAGAAUACUGUAUUGUGGAUCGAGAUUUCAUUCAAUUUUUAUAUGAGGAAAACGACAAGGACUUGUUUUCAUGUAUGAGCGUAUUGAGAAAAGCUCUCUUAGAUGACGAUGACAAUGCAGAAAGUUUUGAAGAAGAGAAAUCAAUUGAAAAACAAAAGAAACAACCUCCAUCAUUGUUUGCAGUAUUAGAGGAUCCAAAACACAAGACUCUUACUGAAAUGGCACAAGAAUUACCUGUUUAUUUCAAACAAAAUGAUCCAGAAGAAAAGAAAAAGAAGAAGCAAAAAAGAAAUCAACAAAAGAAUAUUGAAAAGAAGAAAAAGAUGCAAUUAGAAAAUAGAGAACGACAACAAAAGUUAAACAUGUUGACAGAAAUGUUUCCAAAUAUUGAACAGUCGUUAAUCGAAUCCAUGUUAAUUGCAUGUGACAAUAAUGUUGAAGAAGCAACGAUGGCCAUUUUAAGUCAAACAAACAAACCAUCAUCUUCGAAUCAUCAAGGAUCUAAAAAGAAAACCUCUCGUGGUGUGGUUCGAAAUGAUUUACUAGUGGGAGGAUCGAGAUGGAACUCGUCUUCGACGAAUAUACCUAAUACUAGCGGCAACACUAGUCAUUCACAGGGCUCUAAGAAAUCUGCUCCUGUCACACUAAGUUUAGAAAUGAAAAGACAAAAACUUGGAGAAAUUAUCAAAGGAAAGAGUAUUUCUCUGGAUCAUGCAAUGGAAAUUUUUGAACAAUGUGAUCAAAAUUUAACAGCAACUGUGGAAUAUCUAAGUCAAUUAUAUCCAGCACAAUUUAAAUCAAAUGAGCUUCUCAACUCACCAUCUAAUUUAUUAAUCAAACCUAAAGAAGAAGAAAUUAUUUAUGGUACCACCAUUGGACCUCAAUCAGCAGUCAUACCAUCCAACAUCGUAGACAUCAAAAAGCCAGCUGUCAAACAACCCCUUUCUCAUGUUGCUUUGGAUGAACUCAUGCAAAAACGAAAACAUUAUCAAUUACCCGAACUCGUAGACACGGAAUCAAGUUAUUUACAAGCAUCCAACCAGUAUAGCAAACUCAGAGACAAAUUUAUGGACUUGGCUGUCAGCGCUCAACAAAAAGGAAAUCACGGUCUUGCCACUCAAUUCAUGAGUAAGGCAAGACAGUAUAGUCUCAUUGUCGAAGACUGCAGAGAGAAGGCAAAUGAAAUUCGAUUACGAGAACAAACGGGAGGAAGUCUCAUUCGAAAACCAAGAACCAUCGACUUGCACGGAUUGGUACUCUCAGAUGCUAUUGACACUCUCGAUGAAUAUCUUUCUAAACAUGAACCUCAUCGUAAGAUUAACAUUGUGACUGGAACAGGAAAACACUCAGCCAAUAAUAAGCCAGUCCUCUUACCUGCUGUGGAGCAAUACUUGACUGAGAAUGGAUAUUCAUUUAAACAAAUUGCUCCAGGAGUCUUCCAAGUGAGGACAUAG